UCUGUUUAGACGAGUGCGUGCCAGCCGGCAGCAACGUAGGCUACCAAAUGCCUUAUCGUUUCGAAACAGUUUCACCAAAAGCCCUUUAAAAUACUCCAAGACAGAUUUUCCGAUCCUUUCAUUUACUUCAGAUCGUGAGUCUCCAGGCCUUUGAUAUACCUAAAGCUGACAACAGUACAAUUUCGUAUGCCUCCCCAUAUAUAGGCCAUUAUAUGAGUACCCCCUCAGGGGAAUACGUGGAGUAUUUUGCAGGUAAAAAAGAAAUGAAGUUCAUUUUCUACUUGUCUCACUUGCUGUAGGCUUUCCUAAUAUAAGAAUGUCUGGGCUUCGUGCAGUCUGUAAUAAUUCUAAUGGAUAUCAUUUUUGCAGAAAGUGGGAGUGCGCGGAUCACAAAACACCCUACUAUAAAACCAAGAAAACGCCGCCCAGUUAGCUCAAUUAAUUGAUAAGCGCCAGUCUUCUGAACGGGAGGUCGCAGGUUCAAACCCCGGCUGGACCAACACUAAGGGUCUUCAGUAACUGAGGGAGGGGGGUGAAUAGGCGAACGGAUCGGCGGAUUUUGAAAAUAUUUUUGCCCGGAUUUCGGAUUCAAAGCGAGAUUUUAACGGGGUUUCCGGAUCCUGCAACUGCAGCGGAAUGCGCAUUCAUCUAGUUUUUGGGCCCGGAUUUUGGACAUUGCGUGUAAUACAAAUAUUUUUGCCCGGAUUUCAGAUUUAACGGCGGAUUUGGUUCACAAAUCAUAACGGAUCGACGGAUUUGCAUACCCCUAUUCACCCCCCUCCUGAGGAGAAUGUGCUGCCUUCGUUGUAACUUCUACAGAUGGUUAGACAUUCUAGUCUUCUCGAGUAAGGAAGAAAGACCGUAGGCCCCAACUCACAGCUCUUUCACUGUUCUGAUUCUUGUGGGACGUAAAAGAACCCACACUUUUGUUUGUAAGGAGUAGGGGGCGUAAACCCCGGUGGUUUGGUACAAGCUUUCAUGGGCUGGGUGGGUAAUGAAGGUGUUUAUAUCAGUUGAGACGUAAGUCCUGUUUCACUGGCCCCUGUUACUGUGUUGAGUAAUCGUGUCGAAUCUCAAUAAAGAAAAACAGAGCCUUCAGUUGGCGCUCUCUUUCUUUCUUUUUCGCAGGUACCGCUGGUGAUUCCCUUGAUGCUCAUCGUGGUAUGCUAUUUUCCACCAAGGAUCGUGAUAAUGACAAGGGGAGUAGCAGCUGUGCCUUGAGGUAUAAAGGCGCCUGGUGGUACAGUGAUUGUUACUUAUCCAACCUGAAUGCCAGGUCUGUACCUCCCGGGGAAGAAAGAUAA